GACAUGGGGAAAGGGUAGCAAGCCUUUGUCGAUUUGCUCACUCUGGAAAAGCGAAUAAUAUUGUUGGAAUCAUUUUCCGGCUUAUAUAAACAACAAAAACAAUUACUAGUACUUCACAAGAGACUUGAGACUUGAAACUUGAAAACCACAAUAAUUUUGGGUCGGGUGGUGAUCAGGAUGGAGAGUAGUAACACUACAAUAGGAGUGUCUAUGGCAUUGAUUCUUGUGGGUUUGCCAGUAUUGGUGUGGUUGUUGUGGUGGUGGAAUGAGCUUUGGUAUGCGAUGCCUCUUAUGCUUCGACGACCUUCCGGUGGAUGCGCCAAGCUACCACCGGGAAACAUGGGUUUGCCUUUCUUUGGAGAGAUGUUAACUUUUCUAUGGUACUUUAAGAUUCUUGGCCGACCAGAUGAGUUUAUCGAUGCAAAGCGACGCAAGUACGGUGAUGGAGCGGGGAUGUAUAGGACCCACCUCUUCGGAUCACCGUCCAUCAUAGCAUGCUUCCCAUCGAUCAACAAAUUUGUACUUAAAUCGGACGAUUUGUUUCGUAUACAAUGGCCGAACCUUGAUAUUAUGGGUCGUCAUUCUCUAGUUGUAGUUAAUGGAAAAGCCCAUGAAAGGCUCAGAAGCUACGUGCUAAACUCCAUCAAUCGGCCUAAGACAGUGAGACAUAUUGCUCAACAGGUGCAGCCAAAGAUGGUAGCAGCUCUCCAAUCAUGGUCUCAGAAGGGUAAAGUCAUAGCAAGUGUUGAAAUCAACAAGAUGACAUUCGAAAACAUCGGGAAAUUGUUUGUAAGCAUGGAAUCAGGACCUUUUCUUGAGUCCAUAAGGAAAUUGUUUCAUGGGAUGGUGAAAGGGAUAAGAGCUCAGCCACUUAAUUUUCCUGGAACUGCUUCUCAUUAUGGAACUAAGUGCAGGAGAAAACUUGACGAAAUUUUCAUGGAAGAGCUAAAGAAGAAGAAGGAACAAAUAAACGGAGCGGAAAAGACCAAUGAUUUGAUGGAUGGGUUGAUGGAAAUAAAAGAUGAACAAGGUAACCAAUUGAGUGACAUAGAGGUGGUACACAACAUUGUGAGUCUUGUUGUUGGUGGAUAUGAAUCCACUUCCCUCGCAACAAUGUGGGCUGUUUAUUGCCUUGCCAAGUACCCUAAUGUCCUACAAAAGCUACGGGAUGAAAAUAUGGCGAUGAAAAAGAACGAGCCUGAGGAUUUCAUUACAAGUGAAGAUGUCUCGAAACUGAAAUACACAAACAAGGUUGUCGAAGAAUCAAUAAGAAUGGCCAACAUCGCAUUGCUUUCUUUUCGAUUAGUCACCAAAGAAGUUGAAUUUGAAGGUUACAGAAUACCAAAGGACUGGAAAGUUAUUGUUUGGCUCCGUUACCUCCACACAAACCCAGAAUAUUUUGAUGAUCCUAUGUGCUUUAACCCAGAUAGAUGGGAUGAACCAACAAAGGGAGGGACAUACAUGGUAUUCGGACUAGGACCUAGACUCUGCCCUGGAAACACACUUGCUCGAAUAUCAAUUGCGGUUUUCCUUCAUCAUCUUUCGAUCGGAUACAAGUGGGAACUAGUCAAUCCGAAUGCAGGCAUGACUUAUCUACCACAUCAAAAACCAGUUGAUGGAGUAGAGAUUGCAAUCUCAAAAAUCUGACAACUGUUUGUCUUAUAAUUCCCACUUCUGUAAAUUAGCAAUCUUAGCUUUCUUUAAUUUUAUGCUGCUUAUUUUUUGCAUCUUCUUCUUUAGAAAGUGCACAAAAUUGCUGCAACUCUUUUGGCAUGAAAAGGUAGACUUGCCGUCAUAUCCUGUGAGCAGAAUCACUAGCAAAUAUGUAUCGGUCUUUCAUAUCCCAAUUGCAAUCAUAGUCCCUAUAACACA